AUGAUACGAAAACAAAGACCGACGUUUACCAGCUCUGAGCUGGAGAUGCAGCUGCAACAAAUCAACCUCGACCCCACCUCGUCUACAACGGAAAACCUUGAAGCCCUAGCACCGUUGAUAAAGUCUAUUCAAGAUACGGAUUCUGAACAGCUGUAUCUCAGAAGUCUGGAUAAAUUUGUGGAGGAAAAAGAAAGGGAGAUCGAGCAGAUAUGCCAGGAGAAUUAUGAGGAUUUUGUAUCCUCCGUCUCAACAUUGCUUACAAUACGACAAGGGAGUGGACAUUUACGACGUAGGAUAGGGGAGUUGGAUGGUCAAAUGGGGGACGUUGGAAGAGCUUUAGGCGAGAAGAAACGGGCAUUAUUGGAGCAAAAGAAAGUAGCAAGGAAUAUGGAUGAUGCGAUUGAAACUUUGCAAACCUGUUUAAGGCUGUUAGAUCUGGUGCAUAGGGUAGGGGAGAUGAUUCGUGAAGGUAAAUAUUGGGGUGCUCUAAGAUCAAUCGAAGACCUGUUGCAUCUGACUCCCCCUUCGAUAUCGCAGACGCCUUUUUACGCUCAUAUAUUAUCAUCUCUGCCUUCUUUGAGACUAUCGAUCAAACACGCUGUCACUGCCUCAACAAAAUCAUGGUUAUUUGAUGUGAGAGAAUCAGGUGCAAAAGUAGGUAAAUUGGCUUUGGAACAGAUGGCUCAGAGGAUAAAGAAAUGGCGUACAAGACGUGAAAAGGAAGGCGGUGUGAGGUUGGCCAGAGUAGGUGGACCCAUGGAGUUGGUUCACAAUGAAAGAGUCGAAUUCGAUGCAUUGGAUAACGAAGAUAUCAAGGUCGAUUUCAAACCUCUAUAUCAAUGCAUACAUAUUUAUGAAGCUUUAGAAAGUAAAUCCGAACUGCAAAGGAGUUAUCAGGAAGAUCGAAAAACGCAAGCGACUCUCAUUCUUACGUCUCGAUUAUCGACCACACCCGAAACGCUGCUUUCAACUUUGCCUCUGUUAAUGCAAGAACUCGUAGGAUUUUUCAUCAUCGAAUCGCAUCUUUUACGUACCAUGCCUGAUUUCAGGACGCAACGUGAUGUCGAUGAGUUGUGGGACGAGAUGUGUAGAAGAAUAGUCGAAGUCGUUGGCCAAGGUCUGAAAGGGUGCAGCGAACCUGAGAUCUUCUUGGAAAGCAAAACGAAUGUAUUGUUGUUUGUCCAGACCUUAGAAGGGUACGGAUAUAAUAUCACUGAGCUCAAUGGACUCCUCAUUACUCUUUUCGAGAGAUAUUCUGAGCUCCUUUUGAGAAAAUUCAGUACCGACUUUGAUCAGAUCGUCUCGGAGGAUGACAAUCAACCUAUGAUGGUGAAUGAUCAAGAAGAAUUCGAUCAAGUAGCUGGUGUAUGCUGGUUAGCCCCCGGAGAGAUGGAAUCGCUGGCUAUGCAAGGAUUCCCUCAAGCUAUGCCUUUCUCCCAGACUUAUCCAAUGUGCUGUAUCAAUAUCCGAAAUUUUGUCGACCAAUUCUACCAAUUUACCGACGGUGUCGCUCAACAACAUCUGGAUAUUGAUGAGGUAUUGAGAAAGUCACUCGACGGACUACUCUCCGAUCAUGUAUCAAAACAAAUCGCAAGGAGAUUACAAGCGAUGUCGAACUUAUCUCAAAUAGCUCAAGUGGUCAUCAAUCUUGAACACUUCAGCACUGCAUGUGACGAGCUCGAAGGUGUUCUGAUGAAUCUCAGGGCAUCGCAACGAGGUGGCCCAGUGCACCUGACAUCUUGCAAAUCAUUCUCGGAAACCCUGGCGGCUGCCGAAAAACGUAUAGACAGCGUCAUCAAUUCAAAACUUGAAUCUUUCUUCGAAUUAGCAGAAUAUAAUUGGUUACCUACAAGACCUCAAUCGACAGCAGCCGAACCUUCGACAUACGUUUUCGAAAUGAUCACUUUCUUGACUGCUUAUGUGGAUAGUGUAUUAAUCGGAUUGAAUGAAGGUGUUAAGACAAGAGCUUACCAGAAUGCCCUGGGAAGAAUAAACAAGUGGCUGAUGGAAACGCUAUGCGGUAAGGAUGUUACCAGAUUCAACGAAAUGGCUUUGGCAAGCGUAUUAGCAGACGUCACUUUCAUUGAAGCCGAAAUCAGAAGACUGGAUAAACCAGGGCUUGACAGAGUAUUUGAUGAGGUUAAGCAUACCAUAAACAUCAUUCUAUCCGAUGCAGUCUCGGCGUAUAUGGAACCUUCGAUUCGAUCAAUGUCAUAUUCUUCAGUCAGACCUAUCAGAUUAGCUGUCAUGUUAGCUAAGCUGGGUAAAGCUCAUGCGUUGGGAGGUGUUCAAAGCAGUAUGAUGAAAGCUGAACGAAGAAGACGAGAAGCUGAUGAGGUCGCUAAGUUGGCUGGGAAAUAG